AUGGCAGCAGGCUUUUGGAACUUGCUCUGCCUUAUAGGGGUCUAUAAUCAACUUAUUCCAAGGUCUCAGCCUCCCAUUACCAAAUUGCAAAGCAAUAAGAACUUCUACUACCUAUUGAGCAUCAAUGGGGAAUCCAUUGCGCUUGGUACACGGAAUUUUCCUCCAUUUCCUGGCCUACUUUUCAGGCCGUCAUUGAAGCGCAUCGAGUCGACAGUCAAUGCAAUCAACUACUCGAUUUCAAAAAUCAGCAAACAUGGAAGCACAGUGCUCAUACUUCCUGGUCGUUUAUUCUGGCUAGACCUCACGAUCUACAUGGAUAUUCAAUGCAACCCAGGACCAGAAAGCGGAGACCUGACAACACAACGGCCUGGCGAGAGAGGAGUAAAUUUGCAGAACCUGUGCUCAAUAAAGCGCGUUAAAGAAAACAAACAACCUUCCAAAGCGCCCGGUGGGCUUGAAAUCCUUCAUUUGAAUAUUAGAUCGCUAAAAAAUCGCGCUCACUUGCUAGAACUACGACAACUUGCAUCUGAAAGGAAAAGCGACAUUAUUACUAUCUCUGAAACAUGGCUCAAUACCACCGUCACUUCAGAAGAGAUACAAAUCGAGGGUUAUAAAUUACACAGGUUAGAUCGACUUCACAAAGGAGGCGGCGGGGUAUGUGCCUAUGUCCGCAAAGAUCUCAAAUCAUCUGUACUGAAGGAGUUGUCAUCGAUAUCCGAGCGAAAUUUCCAUCAGCUUUGGUUAAAUGUCCAGUGCAAGAAACUAAAAUCAACAAUAAUUUGCGUGACAUAUCGCCCCGAUGACUCUCCUCUGUGUUCCUUCGAAGAAGUACUUAAGCCCAGCUGCUUGCUGCUGCUUGACAAACCGAUCACAAUCUUAGGCGACCUAAACUGCGAUGGCCUCAAGAAAACAGGUACUGAAUACAAAGCAUUGGAGAAAUUCUGUACGGAUAUGAACUUGAAACAAUUCAUUACAAAACCAACCAGGAUAACAGUGACCACUCAAUCCCUGCUCAACGUUAUCCUAGUCUCCUCCAACAAUUCAGUGCUUGUUAGCGGCAUAAUACAUCGACCAAUUAGUGACCAUUCAAUUGUUUUCGUCAAGCUCAAAGUUAAGAAACCCAAGAUUACCCCUCAGUACAUUACCACUCGAAGUUACAAGAAGUAUAAUGCGGAUCUCUUUGUCACGGAUCUAGCUAAGGAAGCGGAUUCCCUGCUCACUAUCUUCGAUCAAACCGAUGUAGAAUCUGAGCUCAAUAUUUUAAAUGACACUUUGCAGUCUGUCCUGAGCUUGCACGCUCCCGUGAAACAAAUUAAACUUCGGAGUAGACCGUGCCCCUUUGUGAACCAGGAAAUCAAGGAUCUUAUGAGAUCACGAGAUCUCCUCCUGAAGCAAUUCAUACAGUCUCGCCAAGACACCGAGUGGAUAAAUUUCAAACAUUCCCGUGACUUGGUCAAGAAACAGCUACAAGAAGCUGAAAGAGAUCACACCUUUGAAGAGGUCACAGCUAAUAAAAACAACUCUGGCUCACUCUGGAAAAUUAUUAAUCGCGCCAUCCCCUCCAAAGAUAAGCAGAGACCAGCCUUUACAAAGAAUGUGGCAGUCUUAACCAACGAAUUCAAUCAGUUUUUUGCUAAAGUCGGCUUAAAUGCCGCUGACGCAGGACAGCGCUUGAGGGAAAACAUCAUAGUCCGAGAUUUUUCAUCCGAAAAUGGCAUAGAUACUACCUCUAUGGAAUUAUUCAAUUUACGGACAGUGUCACUUGAAGAGGUUCGCCGAAUUGUAACAUCUCUCCCAAUGAAUAAAUCUCUGGGACCUGACAAGAUCAGCGCUUGUGUACUAAAAGACUGUCUCCAUGUGAUAUUGGGCCCUCUUACUGACAUCAUCAAUUGUUCUAUCCUUACUAGCACAUUUCCAGACAACUGGAAAGAGGCUGAGGUGAUUCCGAUUCUUAAAGACGGUGACCAUGAAAAAGCUGCCAACAAAAGACCGUUAUCUCUGCUAGCCGUAGCCUCAAAGCUAGUCAUGUCAUUUCCUCUCGUUGAGCUUGAUGCUGCCAUUGAAAAGCUCGAACAAGAUCUUCACAUUGUAGCUCAAUGGUGCUGUGAGAACCAUCUACUUGUCAAUCCCGAUAAAACUAAACUCCUUUUCCUCGGUACCAGACAGAUGCUAAGCAGGUUACCAGAAGACCCUGAAGUGGUAUUCUUGGGUAAAACACUGAAGCCAACAGACUCUGCCAAGGACUUGGGAGUCUUUCUUGACCCCCAUCUGACCUACGAUCACCAUAUUUCAUGUGUAAUUUCAUCUCGUUUCGCAAAGCUUUGCCAAAUAAAUAGAGUCAAGAGGAGCUUCGACCAGGAAACACUAGAGUUGUUAAUAACGUCAUAA